UUGAUCAUUUGUGGCCAGGUCCACAGACAAUCACCAAUUUUAUUUGGAUUUUUCUUCAAUUCAUCGCCUCAAGAGCUAAAACUCUCUURUAAAACCUCUAAAUACAACAUCAAUGGGUCGUUCAAAGAGAGGAAAGAAGUCUAAAAGGCCGGACAGCGACGAAGAAGAUGCCAUUAGAGAUGAAGGACCUGAUCCAGAAUCUGAUGAUUUCUUCCAUGAUGAUGUAGACAAGUUUAAUUUGAACAGAGAAAAGUUAUUGCUAGAUGUUGAAGGUGAUGAUUCUGAAGAUGAAGAUUCUUUUGAAGAAGAAGAAAUAAUGGGUCUAGAUCUGCCAGAAUCGGGUGAUGACGACGAUGAUGAAGAAGAAAAUGAUGAAGACGAAGACAGUGAAGAAGAAACUAARCUUCCCAGUAACAAGUCUUGGGGCAAGAAAAAGGCAUCAUUUUACAGUGCUGAUGCUACUGAACAAGACAUUGGAUCAGACGAGGAGGCAUGGGAAWUGGAAAAAGAGGAAGAAAUAGAAGCAAUGGCCUUGCAGCAAAGAAUGGCUGCAGGCUUGGAUGAAGAAGACUUUGACACAACUAACUAUCAGAUUCCUCAAGAAGACGAUACGGAAGACAGAUCGCUUGAAGAUGAAGAGAUUGAUAAAACUGUYGUUAUGGAUCUAACCAAACUAUCAAAAGAACAAAAACUAGAGAUGUUGUUUCGGGACUCUCCAGAGUUGUUUGAGCUUUUGGAUCAAUUCAAAGUAAAGCUGCAGGAGCUUGUUUCCCAGAUUUCUCCUUUGAUGCAGCUUUCAAAGCUUGGAAAAGUUUCAGCAGAGGGUUCUAAAUAUAUUGAGCUCAAAUAUAAACUUUAUCUAAAUUACUGUAUAAAUAUUGCUUUUUAUCUGCUAUUAAAGUCAAAGCAAACUCCUGUAAAAGAUCAUCCCGUCAUAGCAAGAAUAGUUCAGUACAGAAAUCUGAUAAAAGAGCUUGAGCCAAUUGACAAGAAUCUAGAGUCCGAUAUAAAUUUCCUUCUUGAUAAUAAAGACAUGAUAUUACAGCAAUCUGAAAGCACUUUCGAAACCACAACAACAACAUCAAGAAAUACAGCAAAAGCUGAAAAUUCCAAGGAAAAGAAGAAGGCCAAGAAAUCAAAAGCUAAACUUUUUGAUUUGCUCAACGACAGUGAUGAAGAUGAAACAGAGGAGCGUGAUGUUCAACCUCCACCAAAGAAAUCCAAGAACAGUGCAUCCUCAAAUAAUAUAGACAGUGAAAAUCCCUUGGAUUACUAUGAGAAGGUUCGCUUGGAGAAGGAAAAAGCCAAAGAAAUCAAGGACCUUGCAGCAAGGCUCAUGCACGAGCCUCAUCUGGAGCUGGAGGACUUGGAUGUAAAUGAGGAAGGCAAAAGAGCUAUAACUUAUCAAAUUUCCAAGAAUAAGGGGCUCACUGCCAGGAAGAAAAAAGAGGAUAGAAAUCCUCGCGUAAAACACCGGAAAAAGUAUUCCAAGGCAAUUGUUAAAAGAAAGAGUCAGGUUCGUCCUGUGGUCAAUGAGACAACGCGUUACGACGGAGAGAAGUCUGGUAUUCGUGCAUUUCUCACACGUAGUAUCAAAAUCAAAUAGUGYAUGUUUAUCAUGGAAUUUAGCUUCUAAAAUGAGGCAAAUUUUUGUAAUAUUUAUUAAUUAGAUAUUUUUGAUUUGAAAAUCUGCUGCGGACGUUAAUUAUAUAUAAUUCAAUUUGAAAAGCUCAAUUCUCACCAAGGGUUUUAUCCUUCCUCAUAUACCAUCCUUUAAACUAUUUUUUUUAAAGUCUUAAGGGCAACAGUUAUAGAUYGGGUUUUGGUGGCCAGAGUGAGAAUCAUAAUUCUCACAAACAAAAUGAGAGAGAAAGAGAGACUCAGCUUCCUGCUGUACUCACUGUCAGAUAGCUCCAGGUUUUUAUGUUAAUGUUAAAAUAUAAUCUGAAAACAUCAGAAAUUGACUGAUGAUCUUUCUAACAUUAAUUUACGUACUUGAAAUGUUGCCAAGCUGAAAAUUGUACUGGCCAUAUUUAGCCACCAAAUAAUCUAUUAAAAUCUGUUAAAAUGUA